AUGAGGGAGAACAUUGUCGAAGCCAGUAUUGCAGAAUUGCAGAGUGCACUGUGUGAAGGAGCGAUCACCAGCGUAGAGCUCACCACCAAGUAUCUCCAACGCAUCCUAACGUUCGAUUGUCGCGGACCAUGUCUCAAUUCCAUCAUCAUCUACAACCCCAGUGUGUUCGACGAGGCUUCCGCUUCGGAUACCAGGCGUGCUGCAGGCCAGCUUCGAAGCGAGCUUGACGGCAUCCCAUACACACUGAAAGACAGCAUGAUGUACAAGGGCAUGACUUGUGCAUCCGGUUCACCCGCACUUGAACAUCUUGUUGCCAACGAAGACUCGUUCGUGGCAGAGCGACUGCGCAAGGCUGGUGCUGUGUUGCUUGGCCGUACGAAUACCCCACCCAUGAUGGCUUCUGGCAUGCACAGGGGAUUGUAUGGGCGAGCCGAGAGCCCCUACAACCUUGAGUACCUCACCGCAGCCUUCUCGUCAGGCUCCUCCAACGGUGCCGCAACUUCAACUGCAGCAAGUUUUGCGGCCUUCGGUCUCGGCUCAGAAACGGUCUCGUCGGGUCGAUCGCCAGCGUCAAAUAAUGCGCUCAUUGCAUAUACACCCUCGCGUACCGUCAUCUCUCCUCGAGGAAUUUGGCCGUUGUACCCUACUUGCGACGUUGUUGUACCCAUGGCAAGGAGGGUUGUGGACAUGCUCGCAAUUGCCGACGUCCUUACGGCGGAGGACACGACGACAAAAGGUGACUUCUGGCGCCAGCAGGAGUUUGUUGAAGUACCAAAAGUGAAGCGGCCAACCUAUUCAGACCUGUCCGAGAGCACGGCGGAUUCACUCCAAGGGAAGAAAAUCGCAGUGCCUGCUUCCCUCGUAGGUGGCAACGAUCCGAGAGCGAAACCAACCACGGUGUCCCCCAAGAUGCUUGAGCUUUGGAAGCGCGCCAAAUCUGAUCUAGAAUUGCUUGGGGCGAGUGUCGUUGAGACCGACUUCCCUUUGGUAACGAACUACGAGGAUGAUUCGGUUUCCGGCCACACCAACAAUGUUGUGGGAUUCAAACCCGACUGGAAUGGCAAAGAGCGUGGCGAGCUUGUUUCGUACCUAUGGGACGAUUUCUUGAAAGCCAACGGGGACCCACACUAUCUGGAGCUCGCAUCUGUUGACGGUGCGAAGCUCUUCCCGAACAGACCAGAGGGCUAUCUACCGGACCGGUGGCUUGAGACGAAGAACUUUAUGAACUACCCAGCGCUUGUUGAGACUGCUCGAGAGCGACAUGGGAAGUCGAUCUGGGAAAUUGACGGGAUCCGAGAGGCGCUGCCAGCUCUCGAAGCCCAACGCAAGCGCGAUCUUGAAGAUUGGAUGGACCAACGUGGCAUUGAUAUGGUCGUGUUUCCGGCAAAUGGCGACGUAGGCAAAGCGGAUCUCGAAAUCAAUGAGGAGAGCGCGAAGCAUGCGCUCCAGAACGGUGUCAAAUAUAGCAACGGCAAUCGAGCAAUCCGGCACAUGGGCGUACCUACAGUAUCGGUGACCAUGGGCUUCAUGGUAGGCUCUGGCAUGCCUGUCAACCUCACCUUCGCUGGCAAGCACGGGCAAGACAGCGACCUUCUGAAAUAUGCAUUUGCAUUCGAGCAGCAGUCGAGGCGGCGUGAACCACCACCGCUCACGCCACCGUUACAGUCUGAUUUUGUUCCUCUCGGCCACAAAUCUCCGGACGUACAACGCCGACAAGGCCUAGCGCUAGUGAAAUCCCAUGCCAUGCGUAUUGGCGAAGGACGUCUUAGGAUCUCCGGCACUGUCGACCUCAAACCCGGUGAUACGGUGACUAUCGAUGCCUAUGUCGCAGGGUCCGGGUCGGACUUGAGUAAGCCUUCGGUCACCGUACAGGUUGAGCACGUAAGCGGCCAAUGGUCGUUGGAGACCGAUUUCAUACCGUUCGAGGCUCCCAAGCCGCUGUAUGGAGGGUAUGGAGAAGGUGCCACGAGUGUUCCCGUCUUGCUGCGUGCGUACAAUGGGGAGGGAAGUACCGGUAGACUGAUUCUGGUCAAGUGA